AUGCUCACAGUGGCGAUGUGCAUGGCCCUUGUGGCUUGCCUGCAGGCCCAGGAGCUCCGGGGACAUGUCUCCGUUAUCCUGCUGGGAGCGACUGGGGACCUGGCCAAAAAAUACUUAUGGCAGGGACUGUUCCAGCUGUACCUGGAUGAGGUGGGGAAGGGCUACAGUUUCAGCUUCCAUGGGGCUGCUCUCACAUCCACCAAGCAGGGCCAGGAGUUCAUCACCAAGGUCCUGGAGUCCCUCACCUGCCCCGAGGACAUGGUGCCCGGGCGCUGUGCCGAACUCAGGGGCCAGUUCCAGCAACUGAGCCGGUACCGCCGCCUGAGGACGAAUGAAGACUAUAUGGCCCUGAGCAAGGACAUUGAGGCACAGCUCGAACACAAAGGCCUCCGGGAGGCCGGCAGGGUUUUCUACUUCUCCGUGCCACCCUUUGCCUAUGCGGAUAUUGCUCGCAGCAUCAACAGCAGCUGCCGCCCGGGCCCGGGUGCCUGGCUGCGGGUUGUCCUGGAGAAGCCCUUUGGCCACGACCACCUCUCAGCCCAGCAGCUGGCCACAGAACUUGGGAGCUUUUUCCAAGAGGAGGAGAUGUACCGGGUGGACCAUUACCUGGGCAAGCAGGCCGUGGCUCAGAUCCUGCCUUUCCGAGACCAGAACCGCAAGGCCUUGGACGGCCUCUGGAACCGGCACCAUGUGGAGCGGGUGGAGAUCAUCAUGAAGGAGACCGUGGAUGCAGGGGGCCGCACCAGCUUCUAUGAGGAGUACGGCGUCAUUCGCGACGUGCUCCAGAACCACCUGACGGAGGUCCUCACCCUUGUGGCCAUGGAGCUGCCCCACAACGUCAGCAGCUCAGAGGCCGUGCUGCAGCACAAGCUUCAGGCCUUCCGGGCUCUGCGGGGCCUGCAGAAGGGCAGUGCCGUCCUGGGCCAGUACCAGGCGUACGGCGAGCAGGUUCGCAGAGAGCAGCAGAAGCCAGACAGCUUCCACAGCCUGACGCCGACCUUCGCAGGCAUCCUUGUUCACGUAGACAACCUUCGCUGGGAGGGCGUCCCUUUCUUCCUGAUGUCUGGCAAAGCCUUGGAUGAGAGAGUGGGCUAUGUGCGGAUCUUGUUCCGGAACCAGGCUUACUGUACCCAGAACGAGAAGCGCUGGGUGGCAGACCAGAGCCAGUGCCUGCCUCGGCAGAUCGUCUUCUACAUCGGACACGGUGAGCUGGGCAGCCCUGCGGUGCUGGUCAGUCGGAACCUGUUCAGGCCCUCUCUGCCCUCUGAGAGCUGGAAGGAAGUGGAGGGCCGGCCCGGGCUCCACCUUUUCGGCCGCCCUCUGUCGGAUUACUAUGCCUACAGCCCCGUGAGGGAGCAGGACGCCUAUUCUGUUCUCAUAUCUCACAUCUUCCACGGCCGCAAGGACUCCUUCAUCACCACGGAGAACUUGCUGGCCUCCUGGGUUUUCUGGACCCCCUUGCUGGACAGCCUGGCCCACGAGGUCCCGCGCCUCUACCCGGAAGGAGCCGAGAGCGGGCACCUGUUGGACUUCGAGUUCAGUGGCACCCAGUUGCGCUUUUCCCGGCAGCAGCUGGAGCAGCUGGUGCCGGGCCUAGGUUCCGCUCCAAAGCCCAGCGACUUCCAGGUUCUCCGGGCCAAGUACCGGGAGAGCCCGCUGAUCUCGGCCUGGCCUGAGGAGCUGAUCGCGAAGCUGGCUGAUGACAUCGAGGCCACAGCUGUGCGGGCGGUGCGGCGCUUUGGCGAGUUCCACCUGGCGCUGUCCGGCGGCUCCAGCCCCGUGCCCCUGUUGGAGCAGCUGGCCACCCGGCACUACGGCUUCCCCUGGGCCCACACGCACCUGUGGCUGGUGGAUGAGCGCUGCGUCCCACUUCGGGACCCCGAGUCGAACUUCCAGGGCCUGCAGGCUCACCUGCUGCAGCACGUCAGGGUCCCCCACUACAACGUCCACCCCAUGCCGGUGCAUCUGCACCAGCGCCUCUGUGCCGAGGAGGACCGGGGCGCCCAGAUGUACGCCAGCGAGAUCUCGGCCCUGGUGACCAACAGCAGCUUCGACCUGGUGCUGCUCGGCAUGGGCACAGACGGGCACACGGCCUCCCUGUUCCCACAGUCGCCCGCCGGCCUGGAGGGCACGCAGCCGGUGGUGCUGACCCGGAGCCCCUCCAAGCCGCACCAGCGCAUGAGCCUGAGCCUGCCCCUCAUCAACCGUGCCCGCAAGGUGGCGGUCCUGGUCAUGGGCAGGCUGAAGCGUGAGAUCACCAUGCUGGUGAGCCGCGUGGGCCAUGAGCCCAAGAAGUGGCCCAUUUCAGGUGUCCUGCCUAGUUCCGGCCAGCUGGUUUGGUAUAUGGACUAUGAGGCUUUUCUGGGAUGAUGGUGCCUUUGGCCUUAGCUUGCUCCCGUGCUUGCUUUCCCCUGUACUUUCGCCUUCCCCUAAGUCCUGCCACCUCUCCUGGCUCUCUGGAACCUGAUGCCUCAGGAUUAAGCCCCCAGAGAGGAAAGGACAAGGCCUUAUCUCAAUCCCUUUGACAGUCUGUGGCUCGUUGCGGUGGGCAGACGCAGACGCAGACGCAGACACAAGGAAGAAAUGGAGUCUGCUCUUGAGAAGCUUCCAGUCCAAGUCAGGAGAGAAAUAUCCACCUUAAGAACAUACCAGCAGCAGUUACACAAUAACACCAGCCAGCCCAAAACAGGACGGUGUGAGAGCUCCCAACUUCAGUAGAAAUGCAAUGGCUAGGGUUAAUCGGGGAAGUCUUCCUGGAGGGGGUGAUCCUUGAACUGGCUCCUGUGGAAAAG